CUCUCUUUAGCAGAGAGACAGAGAGUAGCUGCAGAGGAGAAAGAGAGGAAAGAUAAACUCGAAAGGGCUCAGUUUGACCAUACUGCUUUUUGGGACAAGUUGGGACAAUCCUCAACCACCUCACACUCAUCUAAACCGAACAACAUUAUCCACGAAGGACUGCUUGACGACGAAGACGACUUUGGACUGUUGGCUGUCCCAAAACCAUCUAAACCUCAAAACGCUUCACCAAAGAUGAAUUCUGUGGCUGCGGAUCCUUGGGACUUUGAUCAGUUAUCAUCUACGAUAUCAAGUGGACCAUCAAGGACUCAUACUCCACUCCCAAAUUUCGAAAGUGGGGAAGAUGAAGAUGAUCUCCUUGGAGAUUUAGUUAAGCCAGUUAAAUCCUCAACCCUCUCCCCAUCUACGAGCUCUCCCCGCAAACAAGGAGACCGUGGCUCGUCAUCUCCACCCCCACAUAUCGUAGGUCAAAUAGUCGAAAUGGGAUUUUCGCCCUUACAAGCUCGUCAAGCUCUCGCACAGACAUCCACGGGACUUGACGUUCAAGCUGCUCUGGAGAUUCUUCUGGCUGUUCAGACAGAAGAAGAAGUUCCCUCGUUUGACGACGAGGACAUCGUUCUCCGAGAAAGAGUGAGGAGAGAAGAAGAAGAAAGGGAACGUCGGCGACGUCGUAGACAAGGUCCAUCGAGAGAUACUGUGUUGCCGCGUACGCCGGAGGAACGUAAGGCUGAGACUGGAAGCGAAUACGAUACUGAUAAGAUACUGGCACAAGCUUCUGCUAUCGGACAGGAUGUUCUCAGCAAAGCUACCAGUUUUUGGAAUAGUAGCAAAGAGAAAGCUCUCAAGGUAUAUGAGGAACAACGUAAGGCUAUGGAGGCCAACACUUCGAAGGAAAGGAAGGCAAAAGGUGCAGAAGGGAGACCUAAAUGGAUGGCCGAGGCUGAAGAUUAUGAACAACACACACGAUCACCGGAAAAGCCAUCACGAGUGGACAGGGAGGAUUCUCUUAGACGUCGCAGGACUUCUGAUGAUAUGUUAAGGUCGAACGGCCAGUCUCCUGUCCGACAUGGUAAAUCAACUCGUGAUUUGUCGGAAACGCAAAAGACAACAGUACGACCCAAAACUCCCAUUCCUUCUUCCGCGUCCGCUUCGGCGUCCAGAUCCUCUCAGCUACCCUCUCGGUCAAUUGUUCCUGCUACACCGUCCCAAAUACAACAGUCAGCCGCCAAGAAGACUCAGGGAAAUGAACACUUCAAACUUGGUCGAUUUGCAGAAGCUGAAGCUGCGUACACCUCUGCCAUCUCGUUUUUACCUGAAGGACAUCUUUCGUUGAUUUCACUGUAUAACAAUAGAGCGGCGACGAGAUUAAAACUGGGGGAAUCAACCUCUGCCGUAUCAGAUUCUACGAUUGUCAUCGACCUCAUUGGUACGGGGUAUCAUCCGAAUAAAGAGGCACCUCUUCCGCUCGAAGCUGCCGAUGUAAGGCUGGGAGAAGCGCUUGUCAAGGCGACUAUGAAACGUGCCCAAGCUUGGGAAAUUGGAGAAAAGUGGAAAUCCGCUUUGGAAGAUUGGGAAAGGGUUUUCUCCUUCGAUACAAUCCUCAUGGGUUCGAGCCCAGCGUCAAUACGAACGUUAGCUUUGGAAGGUGCGAGACGAUGUAGGAAAAUGUUAGAACCUUCUCCUCCCACACAAACCAACGGAGAAACGUCUGUGAAAGCCAAAGGUCCCAGUGUGGCCAAAGUAUCGAAAGAAAAGGGUGAAGGGGCAGAUGUGAACAAAUCGAAAGCGGUGGAUUCUUUGCGUAAAGUCGCUGCGGCUCAGGAAGCAGAAGAGGAGGAACGACUUCGAUUGAAAGAUACCAUUGAUGCGAGACUUCAAGCGUGGAGAGGGGGUAAAGAGAAUAAUUUAAGAGCAUUGAUAGCGAGUUUGGACGUCGUUUUAUGGGAUGAAGUGUUGAGCGGAGGGUUGAAAGUUGGGAUGCACGAGUUGAUCAGUGAGAAACAAGUCAAGAUCAAGUAUAUGAAAGUGAUAGCUAGACUUCAUCCCGAUAAGCUCGACGCGGGAAAGACAACAUUAGAACAGCGUAUGCUUGCAAAUGGGGCGUUCGGGACCCUCAACGAAGCG